GCUAAGCCCUCCUUUCACUACUGUUUCCUCCUCCCUUUUUCAUCACUUCUCAUCUUAUUAUUGCCUUCACUUCACUGUGACUUACAUCACUUUCCCAUGGCUUCACCUUGUAGCAGUAGCAGAUCUAGAACCUGCCUUCUUCAUGGAAUCCAAGUUUCAAUCACUGUGGCUUUCAUCUUUUCCCUCACACUUCUACUUCUUCUACCUGCCAAAUCAGGGUUGUUGCAGGGCACAGAGAGGGAUGUAGAGGAAAGUGGUAAGGUGAUAGGGUCUAAGCCACCUAGUUGUGUGAAUAAAUGCAUGAAGUGUAGGCCGUGCUUGGCUACACUGGUGGCUCCUGAUCACCAGAGGAAGAAGGAGGAGGGUUUCAAAGUGUCGUCUCGUGGGGAAGAUGAUGAUACCUACUAUUUGCUUUCAUGGAAAUGUAGCUGUGGGAAUAAGCUGUUUCAUCCUUGAUUCAAUCAUCUCUGUCUCUCUCUCUCUGUCUCUCUCUCUCGUUAUCAUUAAUUCUCAUUUACAGAACUAGAGAAAGCAGAGUGGACGCUUAGUGUAGUUGGAGUUUCUGGCAUUUUUCAG